AUGAGCGGUAGCAGAUAUAAUAAAUACCCAGAUCAAUCAACGUCCUCUGUUAAUUCAUCAAGAGGUAGCGCUGCUGGUUCAAGUAGUGCAGGUAAUACCCAUCCAAAUAAGCACAAAUAUGAUAAUAGUAAUGCUUAUAACUCAAGAUUUAAUUCUGGUUAUAAUUCGGGGCGUUACAAUAAUAACUACAACUCAAGAAAUGAAGAAGGCGUAGAUAAUAGUCCCGCACAUGCAAAGACUGCAGGUAAUGGGAUAUACUACAAUAAAAACAAGCCACACUAUCAUAAUUCAAAUAAUUAUUAUACUAACGCUUCCCAUACAUAUUACACGAAUAACAAUUAUAAUAGCGCAAAUAAAUAUUAUAAUCAAAAUAGAAAACAGCAUCAAUAUAACAAUGGGGGUUACUAUUCCAAUUAUAAAUCAUAUAAAUCAACGGCUAAUAAUGAAUACCACGAUCUUGCAAAUAGAGGCAUUACUGGUGAUGAUGUGUACGAAGACCAUCUACAGGAUACCUCAAUAAAUAACAGCAUGGGGGAAUCAGGGUAUCAUGCAAAGGUAGAUACACGAGUACAUACUAAUUCUCCUUCAUACCCUUCAAGAACGUCAACUCCUUAUCAACAAAGACAUCAUACACAAAAUUCAAGCGAACAAACUAACUAUAAUGAUAAUGAAGAUUUAAAAUUGAAUAAAGAAACAUUCACUUCAGACAUAUCUCCAUUUUAUUAUUUAACAAAUUUGAAUGAGGAUAAGAAAAAUGCGGAUGAUAUUAAGAAAGUGUUUAUAGAUAAUGAUAACAUUGAUAAAAGUUUGCAAGCUAUAAAGUAUAAAAUACUAAAGACCGAAUUAGAGUAUGAUUUAUUAAACACACAAGGUGAAAGAGAUGCAUUGAAUGUUCAGCUAACUCAAGAAAAUUUAGAUUCAAUUUUAUUGAUGUAA